CAACAUGAAAGAAAUAGAGGAUGGAUUUGAUCUGUUGUUGCCACACGUGAAAGUGAAAUGAGUCCAGCAGAACACUGGUUGCAACGGAUUUCGCCUAUUGUGAGAGCGUGACAACUGGCUUGAAAAGGAACUAUAUACUUCUGCCUACCUCAGAUGAGCUAUAACCUCUUGCUUUGUGUACUGGAAUAAAGGACAAAGUAGACAGUUUUUCCAUCAUGGAUUGUCAAGAAAAUGAGUACCGGGACCAAUGGGGGCACUGUGUCACCUGCCAACAGUGUGGCCCUGGACAGGAGCUCUCCAAGGACUGUGGUUAUGGAGAAGGUGGCGAUGCAUACUGCAUAGCCUGUCCUCCCCGAAAGUAUAAAAGCACCUGGGGACAUCACAGGUGUCAGACUUGCAUCACCUGUGCUGUCAUCAAUCGGGUCCAGAAGGCCAACUGCACAAAUACCUCUAAUGCUAUCUGUGGCGACUGUAUGCCCAGGUUCUACCGAAAGACACGCAUUGGGGGCCUGCAGGACCAAGAAUGCAUCCCAUGCACAAAGCAGACUCCUUCUUCUGAGGUUCAGUGUACCUUCCAGUUGAGCUUAGUGAAGGUAGAUGCACACAAUGUUCCCGGUAAAGAAGCCACACUUGUCGCACUGGUGGGCAGUCUGCUGGUGGUGUUUGCGUUAGCCUUCCUUGGACUCUUCUUCCUCUACUGCAAGCAGAUCUUCAACAGACAUUGUCAAUGUGUUGCAGGAGAUUCGUUGCAAUAUGAGGCUGAAAAGGCAGUGGAGGAGGAUUCUAUUUUCCCCAUGCCACCUGGCCAGGAGACAAGUCCUGAACUUCCAGUGAAUGAGAGCAUCUUUGAGAUCAAGCCAAUUAACUCCAUUCUGGAUGACGACUGCAGCUCCACUCGUGGCUUUCCCACCCAGGAGUCCUUUACCAUGGCCUCCUGUGCCUCAGAGAGCCAUUCUCAAUGGGUCCAUACCCCCAUUGAAUGUACAGAGCUGGACCUACAAAAGUUUUCCACCUCUGCCCCUUGUCCUGGAGCUGAAACCUUGAGGGAGAACACAGCUGAAAGCUCCGGAGACAGGCUGGGGCUCUACGUACCUUUUGAAGUUCCCAGCCUUUGACUCUACUGAGGUGAGCUAGAAAGGUAUGGUUAAAAGACCAGAAGGUGUGGGCCACUCUCAACAAAUUUCCAAGUUGUAUUGUUCAAUAGGAUUUUGGAGGAAGAGUGGCAGGAAAUUGGGCUGAUAGAGGUUGGAGAGGCAACAGCUGUGGUACUAAGCUUUUCAGCUAAUUUUACAUCAGACUUGUAAGCCAACAAUUGUCUGGAGACUGAGCAGGCUGACAUGAUGCCAGUUUCUUCAUCUGGACCCCACUAUUAACUAGUCAUAUUCAGUUUUCUCCUUUCAUGUGUAUAAGCAGCACAGCAUUGAACAGUGUGCAACUCUAUAUUGAAAUAAAUCGAAGUUUCUGAAUAGCCUUAUGAGCUUGCGGAAAUCAUUUUACCUUUCAGACACAGAUUCUUCUGCUCAUAAGUUAUUGUAAGGAUUGAAUGAAAACAUACACAAGUGUCCUUUAUAAUAUCUUUAUGAGAAUGCUUAUACCAUGCUUCCUUUCUUGCUUUCCUUCCUUUCCCUGCAUUUGGCCGCAAACUACAAAUUCCUUCUAUAUCCACUACAUUUGUUUUGAACUUCAUAACUUCAUGCCUUUGUGGUAGGCAAAUCAGAAAUAUGCUAAUCUCAUUUUAAACAAGCAGGAAUUGAGCCACAGAGGUGAAAAGUGAUUUUCUUAAAGUCAUAGAGCAACCCAAUCUCAGAACUAGGCUAGA